AGCUCGCAGUUUGUUGAGUAAAGACGAAGUGUACGUAACGUGCCUUGGAUCAGCGCCCGCCAGUGUUGCAUACAUCGAAUUCAAACAGCAUAAAGAGAAAGGAAAGUGCGAAGUAAACCAAAGAUUUGCGGGCGUGCACAACCCACAAUGGAUAAAUUAAUCUACGCCACAGUCGUCCUCGCUCACCUGUGUUCACCUGGACUGACCAAGGAGGCCGCGUCCCACGGAACGCUUCAGAUGUUCAGCUCCGUCAACGCCCCCGCCAAACAGGUGACGGACGGGAAGAUGGCGAUGCCCUUCCGUGAGUGCGGGUACGUCCUGUGCAACGUCUCUGACGCCUUCACCAACGAGACGACGCACCUCUGGGAUUACUACGUGGACUGGGAGCUCCCCGCCGGGGCGCAGGGCAGCGAGAGCGUGUUCGUGCUGGCCAACAGGUUCCAGAUGCCCCGCUCGUACCUGGUCUUCACGGGAUUCACCGCGGACUUCGCCGGCGACUACAGGUGCGUCCUCAGCUUCCGCCUGGAGACCGUGUCCUCCGUCAGCCUCAGCCUCAGCAUGUCCGAGGGCGCCGCGCAGAAGGACUGCAGCAACGUGCCCGCCUGAGGAGGUCGCGGGGGCGGCGAUCGCUCCCAGGGGAGGAGUCAUUCCCAGGAGAGGAGGAGGAUUAUGAAAGUAGAGCCUCUCAGUGUUUGCGAGACACUGACGCCAGUGUGAUUCACCUUUUCACUAUUGUUGACUGUGAUAGAAAGUUUUCUACGGCGGAUACAGUGACUGACAUAGUGUAUGCUUUUAUUAAAAAUGACCUGUAGUGCAUGACCACAAAAGUAUCCUGACGUAGAAAAUACAAGAUGCAUUAAUUGUAUAAAGACAAAAGGCGAAAAAAAUCAAAAUUUGUAACGUUAUAUCUCUAUAUGACGAACAUUGAAGAAUUUAUCCUAUUGUAAAGGAUAUUAAAGAAAUCAAAUAAAGGUAAAAACAAUAUAUUUAUUAAAUGCCCAAUUUUUCAUCACAGAAGAAGCUUACGUUAGUGUAUAUGUGUAACUAAAGUGAUAUUUUGCAUAUGUUCAUGCGUGCACAUGCUUUCUGAAUGUUGUUAUGUGAAAAUGGACGUGAGGUGUCACGUGUAUUUAUUUAUUGUGUUAUUAAUGAAUGGAUGGAAACACAA